AUGCCGUUGUCUUCGUUCGAGGACCAACGGGACGCCGGUCUGACUUCGGCCCAUUUCGAUAUCGAGAGCUUGAACAUCGCGGCCGGCGACUCGAGGUCUGGCUUGGACGAGACCGGAGCCGCAGAGGUCCAGCGGAUUAUGCAAGAGGAGCGCGUUGGGUUUGACGAGGCUCGCUUGAUUCGUCAGAAGCGAUACUUGGCGGCCAACGGCAUUGACCCUAAUACCGGCAUGCCGCUCGACUCGAAAGCCGUGACACGCCUAUAA